CCUAACCAAAGUAUUUUGUUGUCCAACAUAAAUCAAGAGACCUUUAAGCUCAUUUCAAGUGGAAAUAGAGAUAAUUACCAUUUACGUGUAGAUUUGCCUGAGGGUGGAUUUCGCUAAGAAGACGCAGAGGUGAUUACAGAGGCAAACGGAAAGAAAUUCAUUGCUGUGAAAGGUCCGGUAGACUUGGUGUUUAGAGAUGCACCUUUUAAGAUGGUUGUCAUUUAAGAGGCCGAUAGAAAUGGUUUCAGAGCGAAAUAUAUAUAUGUGCCGAAUAUGCCCGACGUAGUAACGGCAUCACUUGCCGGCAUUGUAUUUAGAGAGCAUAGAGUGUUCUGUUCGAUGAGCUGAUCGGCAGUGGAAAUUGUUACAGUAAUAACUGGAAAUUAUGAUAAGCAGCUGAUUUGUGAUCAUUUGGUUACAACAACAAAACAAAAUCGAAUCGUUCAGAGCAUUAACCCACCAGAAGACAAAUUUAUAAUUUAUAGCCAUAAAAACUAUUUAAAAUACUCAUGGAACUCCAUGAAUUCACAAAAAUUUACUCAUCUUAGAAGCACUUAACAUGAUGAUGAUUGAUUAUUCGAAAUAUACUAUGAGCGAUGAAUAUUUAUUAAGAAAAAAACGUAUGGACAUUCGCAAGUAUUUCACUAUUGUUAAUAUCAUAAUUUUAAUAAUCUUUCAGCGAAUAAAAUACUCAUUAGUUUUAUAGGUGUGUAUGAAUGUGAUUUCUGUUUGUUUGUUUGAAUUUUUAUACAAACACAAUGGUUUCGCAUCCGUUAAUGAAGCCAGUUUUAGCCAAAAGAAGAGUCAGUGUUUCGCGCAGCAUCGAACGGUCCGGACAGCAACUCAGAUUCCGGCAUUUUUGCGAUGAAUCUUUUAACAAUCGCAUUAUUUCUGCUGUUCGGCGUUCUCGCUGGUGGCCAGAACCAACAAGCCGUGCCCAGUAUCGGAGCUUUGCUGCCCAAAAUAGACCAAGAAUACUAUAAACUCACACCAAAUGGAGAUAAUUACCAUUUACGUUUAGAUUUGCCUGAGGGUGGAUUUCGCGAAGAAAACGCGGAAGUGAUUACAGAUGAAAACGGAAAUAAACUUCUAGCUGUGAAGGGUCAUCUGGACUUGGUAUACAACGAUGCACCGUUUCAAGUGGUUGUCAUUUAUGAGGCUGACGGUAAUGGUUAUCGUGCAAAAUAUAUGUAUGUACCGAAAAGGCCCGGUAUACAAGUACAAUUUGCUAGCGCUAGUUUUCUGAAAACUGCAGCAGGUUAAAAGUUUGCGGAAUUUAAAUAUAUACACAUGUAUGUAUUAGAGUCAAAUGUAUUUUAUUAUGAAUGUCUAGUAAACCCAGCUGACGUGAGUAAAUAAUCUAAAUAAUCUAA